AUGGAAAUGUUUAAUUUAUUUACUACUAGAAUCUUCGGGAGAAGUAAAGAGAAAAAGUAGAGAACUCUAAAACCCUAGCUCCAUAAAACCCCCAAAUUGGAAUCCACUAGGGUUUUACAUCACAUUCGUGUAUAUAUUUACCCACUGUAUAAUGUAUAUACAGUCAAUUUCCAGAAAAUCUAUGCCAAUUUCCAUGGAGGCUGAAACUGCGGUGGCGUUCCUCACUCAGAGGCUCUCUAGCUUCGCGAUUGAGGCUUUUGUGGUUCAAUUUUCCACCUGCUUUCUUUCCACGAUAGGAGCUGUAGCAAAUGCAGCUGAAGCAUUCACCAGAGCGCCAACAGUGUUGGAUAGGCUUUUGAUGGCUGAGCUCGGCAUGAAGAAGCAGUCCGAGCCCGAGAAUCAAGAAGCCAGCGAAGACGAGGAUGAUGAAGACAAGGAUGAGGACGACGAGCAGGAUGAAGAUGCUGGAGGGGAGGAGGAUGAAGGGGAUGAUCAAGGUGAUGAUGAAGAGGAUCCUGAGGACAUUCCCGAGGCAAACGGUGGCGGUGCUGCAAGUGGGGAUGAGGAGGAAGAAGAAGACAAUGACGAGGAGGAGGAGGACGACGAAGAUGAUGAUGAUGAUGACGACGAGGAGGAAGAGGUCGAAGAGGAAGAAGAGGAGGAGGAGGAAGAGGAGGAGGAGACUCCACAACCACCAGCUAAAAGGAGGAAAUGAGCCUAGACAUAAUCAAUCGUUUAUGUGUUUUUGUAGUUUUGAAUUUUGUGUUUAAUAUGUUUUUGAUAGUUUUGAAUUUUGUGACAAGCAUGUAACUUUGAUACAUAGGAUGUGGAGUUGGUCAGUUUUGACACAUAACUAGACAUCUCUUCUAAUAUCAAUGGCCUCCACUUUCUUUUCUUUGCUUCAA